AUAAAUGUUUGAAACGAAAAAAGAGUUUUUUUUUCUCUAACAUCAUAAUAAAAUGAUCAUAAAGAUAUGAUGAAUAAUAAAAAGAUACAACAGGAUAUUGGCAAGAAUUUGAUCGCUGCAAAUUCUAUUGGUGAUCAACAUCAUCCACAUCAUCAUCCUAAUCAAAAUCAACAACAACAACAACAAUCAAAAACAUUGGCCAAAUCAUCGAAAACAAAAUCCAUUCAAGAAUCGGCUAAUAAUGCAAUCAAUCGAAUAUUACAUCGUAAUAAAUCAAAUCAAUCACAAAGUAAUAUUGAAAAUAGCCAUAAAAAAUUAUUGACAAGUACUUCAAGUUUAAUAUCAACAUCAUCAUCAUCUAAUUUAUCUUCAAAUCAUCAUACUAAUUCACAAGAUUCGUGUCAAAUUUUUGGUGUUGAAGAAAAUAAUCAACAUCAACAAAAUCAUCUGUUUCAUCAUCAUCACCAUCAUAAUCACCUUCAUCAACAACAACAACAACAUCAUAGACCUUUGAAUGGUUGGUCGAAUAGUGUUGAUGAUCAACAUAAACAACAUCAACAAACAUAUGUUAAUCAUCAGGCUUGGUCAUCAACAUCAUCACCAUCAAGUGAUUUAAUUAUAGAACAGACAUCAGCAUCAUCAUAUCGGAUGCAGCCAUCAUCAAUAAAUGGUCAUAUGAAUAACAGUAAUAAUAAUAAAUUACCUACGGGUUUUUUGAAUGAACUUGAGAAUAGUGUACGUAAUAAACAUCAUCAACAGCAACAAAAAAUGUCAUCAAAUUUCGAUACGGGUCAAAGAAAUAAUAAUAAUAAUAAUAAUAGUAGUAAGAAAAAAGAUAAACGACAAGAUUCAACCACAACCGAAAUAAUGUCAUCGAAUGAGCAUUCCAAGAUGAUACCUCCAUCAUCACCGUCGACAACGACAAACGAUGAAAAUAUUGACAAAUUAUUCGAAAAACUUAUUUUGAAUGAAUAUAAUCUGAAAGAGGAACAAAAAAUCAGCAUGCGUUCAAUGAGUAUCGAUAAGAAACGUUUAUUAAUCAAUCAGAAAUUGGUGCUGGAUGAAAAGCAAACUAAACCUCCUCAAGAAUAUGCUAAAUUUCUCAAGGAUAAUCAAGAUUCCAUACAAUCAAAAGAACUAGAAAAAUUGAUCAAAGCAUUACGUGUCGAAUUGACAUGUAAGGAUGUUUCUUGGGUUAGAGAAUUCGGGACCAAUCAAGGUCAUAUUUAUCUGCUGAACAUUUUGCGCAAUAUAAGCCAUCCACAAUAUCAAGCAAGAAUGUCAAGUGAUAAAAAACUUCCAGAGUUAAUGUUCAAUAUAAUCAUGUGUAUUCAUUCCUUUAUGAACAUUCAGGUGGGUUUCAAUCAAAUAUUAGACAAUGAACAAGCAUUUGUCAUACUGGUACAAUCAUUGAAUCCAUCAUGUUUACCAAAUAUGGCUCGUACGAUGGAAAUUUUAGCUGCGGUCACUUUAGUUGAAAAAGGUGUCGAAAGGGUCAUCAAUGCGUUCACGGAUACAGCAAUCGAAUCUGACCGAGAAAAUAAACGUUUUUCUAUCAUUGUUGAAGCUCUCAAACAUUAUGAUGAUCAUAUUGAUGUUGCCUUUAGUGCCAUUCAAUUGAUCAAUGGUUUAAUAUUCAAUCAUGAAGAUUUCGAACAAAGAUUUUAUUUACGUUGCGAAAUCUAUCGAACCACAGAUCUUUCGGGUGAAGUUACAUUCCGUGAUAUUGCCAAUGAAAUGGAAAAAAGGCUAUUAAAAGAACGACCUAACGACAUUGAUCAGGACUCUGUAUCUUUGACCAGUACCGGUACCAUUCCAAGCUUCACGUCAGUCAAUAAUAAUAAUCAAACUUUACGUGCAGCUGCAAGAAUCGUAAUACAUAAAUCACCUCAGCAAAAUUUUCUGGAAUCAUUUCAAAUAUUUUUCAACAAUAAAAAUGAAGAUUUCGAUGAGAUGGCCUCAAGAUUCGAAAACAUUCGAAUCGAUUUUGAUAAUAUGGAUGAUUGCUACCGAGUGCUAAGAAAUUCGGUGGUUAAUACACCGAUCGAAUCGGGUCUUUUGUCUAUACUUCAAUUAUUGUUAUUUAUACGUGAUGAUCAAUACGUCAGGCCUGCUUAUUAUUAUUUGAUCGAAGAAUGUCUCAUUCAAAUCAUGUUCCAUCCAUCUGGUGUUGAUCCAGAUUUUAGUCGUCGAUCACGGUUCGAGAUAGAUACAAACUUUACUAUCGAAUCGAUCGUUAAACGUUUUAAAGACAGUGAAGGUUCAGCAUUGAGCUUAGAAUUGAAUCAAAAACUCGAAGAUGCACUCACAGCUAAAGUAGAAGCUGAGGCGAAAGUUGAACAAGAAAAAAAGAAUAAUCAAGAAUUGCAAGAAAAAUUGCAAAAACUUCAGGAAGCCAUGUCGAAAAAUGUUAGUCUUGACCAAAUUGAGUCAUCGAAUGCUCCAUCUGUGAUAUCUUCUCCUACAACUUCUGGCCCACCACAAACAAAUGCGCCUCCUCCGCCUCCACCUCCACCACCUCCCCCUGGAAUGUGUGGUCCAGGGCUUAUGCCACCUCCUCCGCCACCACCACCUCCUGGAAUGGGAGGUAUGAUGGGAGGACCGCCGCCGCCACCACCUUCCGGACCAGCACCUCAAGAAUUUCCAUUUAAUAUAAAAAGAGCCAAAUUUGUUCCGAAAAAAGGUUUGAAAAAGCCUAUGUGGAAAAAAUUACAAGCCAUGAAAGUCAGCGAAGAUUCUAUAUGGGUACAAGUGAAUUCUGAUGAUGUUUACAUGAGUGAUGACAUAAUUGAUUCAUUAGUGAAUAAAUUUGCUAGUGCUAAUUCUGCCAUGACACAUAGUGGUGCCAAAGGCCAUGAUGCCGAUAAUAUUGAUCGUGGUGAUUCUCAGGAUGGCCUAGUCGAUUCAUCAAGUUCGGGUGAUGCAGUUGGUAAUCUCGGAAUUAGCGGUCGUCAAACUCCAUCACUUCAUUCUCGUAAACAUCGUCAAUGUCGUGUUCUUGGUGAUAAAACUGCACAAAAUAUAUCCAUUAUGUUAAGCGUUUCUAAGCGUUCGCCUGAAGAUUUCAAAUCCGAUGUUUUAUCUAUGAAUGAGGAUACUCUUACUGAAAGUCUUGUAGAUCAAAUUAUUCAUUAUCUACCUUCGGCAGAAGAGCUCAAGAAAUUGGAUGAACAAGCUCAACAUAUUCCUUUAGAUGAAUUUCAUCCAGCCGAAAAGUUCGCUUGCAUGCUUGGAUCCGUUAAAAACCUCACUAAUAGACUGAAAUCCUUUUUAUUCAAGUUGAAAUUCAAUGAAACAUUAGCUGAAGUAAAGAAAGAUAUUGUUUCAUAUACAAUGGCUUGUGAAGAAGUGUUAACAUCGAAACGUUUUGCACAAGUAAUUAAACUGACUCUUGGUAUUGGUAAUUAUAUGAAUGCCGGAUCAUAUAACGCUCGUGCGAUUGGUUUUGAAAUAAGCUUCCUGCCAAAAUUGAUAUCAACUAAAACCAACGAUAAUAAGUCAACAUUAUUACAUUUCAUUGCGCAAACGAUGGAGGAAAAAUUUCCUGAAUCGAUGCGUUUCUACGAAGAUCUUCAUCAUAUAGAUAAAGCUGUUCGAGCAUCACCGGAAACAAUCGCUAAAACAUUGGGUUAUUUUCGUACCAGUUUACGAGCAUUAGAAUUGGAUCUAAAAACAUUUAAGCCACAUUCAUCAGAAGAUUGUUUUGGUGAAGUGAUGGCAUCAUUCAGAGAAGUGGCUCAAGAACAAUAUCAGUUAUUGGAUGGAAUGCAUAAAAAAAUGGAGAGCACUUUUCUUGAAAUAGCUAAAUAUUUUUCAUUUGAUCCAAAACAAUAUUCAAUGGAAGAAUGUAUGAAUGACCUUAAACAAUUUAAAGAUCAAUAUGUUCAAGCAUUAUCACAGAAUCAACAACAUCGUGAAAUUGAAGAGAAAAAUCGUCGCGCUAAAGAAGCAAAAGAAAAAGCGGAAAAACAACGCCGUGAACGAAUAUCACAUAAAAUCGAUCUAACAAAAACCGAUGGAAUGGAUCAAGGUCUUAUGGAACAUUUACUCAAUUCAUUACAUACAGGUUCAGCGUUUGCUCAACAUAAACGUAAACGAACUAAAGCUGUUACUCCUCAAGAUCGUCGUCAACAAUUAAGUCGUACACGUUCACGUACAUCAUUAGAAAUACGUAAUUCAAUUGGUAAUAGUAGUGGUGGUGUUGGUGGUUCAGAAUUUAUUGUCGUUUCUUCAGGUAAUAAUGUCAAAUAUUGAUUUCCAUUAACAAACAACAUUCGAUUUACACUAAAAUUAUUCCUUGAUAUAAAAAAAAACAUUGUUCAAAAUCAUUAUAAAUACACGUGGAAAGAAUUUUUUUUCUCCUCUUCUAUCAUAUCUAUUAAUAAUUGUUAUGGUACAUUCCUUUUUUUUCAUCACAAAAAAUAUAAAACAAAACAAUG